AUGAAAUUCAGCCCCUGCAUAUUUGCUACUUUCAUGAUCUGUUUGGCUGUCGUGAAUUGUAACUGGACUCGGUGUUUGCACAUACCGGAAUCGAAUACUGUUGAUUGUUCCGGAAGGCAUUUUUUUAAAAUCUCUCACACAGCUCGCUUGAAUGCUCCAAGAUCUGAAUUUUAUCCAAAUGCAAUUGGUGGUCGAGUGCGCGUUUUAAAUCUCAGUAGAAAUGCGUUCAGAUCGAUCAAUUUCAGCUCAUUCUCAGCACUUAGACAUCCGGAAGCCCUUGAGAUACUUUUGCUAAAUGAUAAUCAAAUACAUUCACUAAAUCGCUCAUCGUUUGCUGAACUAAAAUCACUGGAGAAAAUAAAUUUGGACUCAAAUCCGCUUUCCUCGUUUCCGGAUCGAACUUUCUCUCCGCUUACUAAACUGCGCGAUAUUAGUAUAAUGUCCAAGCAGCUAUCAUGCGACUGUCAGAUCGCCGAUCUUCUUCGCUUCGUCAAUAGGAAUAAGCAGAUGAGAGUAUCGAAUAGGACAGUCUGUGUAUUUCCACGUUCACUGCGAGGCAUGCAGAUUGCUGGUUUGGAUGCAAAGGUGCUGAAAAGAAGUUGCGGGAAAGGUGAAUUCAAUCCUGGUGUGUUCGAAAUGGAGCCGGCCUCAAGCUCUCUGAUUGUGUAUCCUGGUGGAAAAAAUAAUAUCACAUGCAAAGUGUCGAAUUUCGAAAAUGUUUAUAUGGAAUGGCUGAAAAACAAUGUGCCGGUGAAUGAUAACUCUCGGAUACGUAUCACACGGUACAACGACACUCAUUUCUUGUAA